CGAGGCUACUGCACAGCGCCACCCCAGUUGUGUAACUGCGCCGACCAUCAAUUGACGCAAGCGGAGAUGUCAUCCAAAGGUGCUGGCCGUCCCACUAUUGCUGCGGUUGCCGUAGCCGCUGGUGCUCGUGCUGGGCCCCUCUCACAUGGUGCGAUGGCACAAGCUGCAAGCGAUGGGCCAAGCCGUUUUGCGAACUACCGUGUCUGUGAGCUCGCCACAGCCGAUAGGCAAGAGUUGUGGGGAGCCGAAAACAUCUGUCUGUAUGAGCAAAAGUGGGGCCGCAUCGACACAGGCAAAGAGCGUGAGCAAAUCAACUUCUCUGCUCCAGCCAAAGGGUGUGUCUGUGACGGGGCACCAUCACAUGCAGACUAUGUGGCAUGCGUUUCUUCGACUCCAGCUGGUGGGGCCACUGACCAUGAGGAUGACGACGAAAACACAGAGGAGGACUCGCGCUUCAGACAGUGGGACGGUGGGCGGUGGGCCGAUGGCAAUGACGUGAAAGACACGGAAGGGGACGACGACGAACAGCGGUUCCGCGACGGUGCACACUAUGAAGAGGGAAGCUUGGAGGAUGACUUCGCCGAAGGCGAUGGUAGUGAAGGCCAAGAGGAUGGUGGUCACGAAGGCGAUGGGAGUGAAGAAGAAGAAAAUGAGGAUGCAAGUGACGAGGACGCCGCAGAACGGGAAGACAACUACGAAGGGGGGAGCGAAGGAGAUGAGGGUGGGGCGGACGACGACGACUACGGGAAUGGAGGGUCGCAGAAAAGGCGGGAACAGUCUUUCCGUGCCACUAGUCAUGAUGGUCCGGCAAAAGAUGACGAUGUGUUGCAUGGCACACAGAGGUUUGUGUGCAUGCGCAAGAGGAAAAUUAGAUGUGGGAAAGCACAGGAAGAGAAGCGGAGACAAGCUAAGCUCAUCAGCCUACAGGCCUCAAAGGAGGCUUACAAAAGAUCCUUAGAGGCGCAAUCCGCGAAACCAGCAAAGGAAAAGCGUGAACGCACUCGAUCUUCCCAGAGGCCGAAGAAGAAAGCAAAGGCCGAGGAGACAAAGGAAGUGCCCGGCUCUGGGGACGAAGCGGCGGGGGUCGACCCAAGACAUACAACGUCAAAGCCUGGAGAGUUGACCAACGACACUAUCGACACCACAAAAUUGAAGAAGGAUGGCCGGAAGCGGUGGGAACGUGUGAAGCCGGAGGACAGGGAUGAUGACAAGGUUGCCUCCUACCAUUGGUACACAGUGGCCGGCCAACAUACAGCGGAAGCAGCAAAGAGGCUGGUCGCUGCAAAAUCGUCUGCUGCCCACAAGUGGGGCGUGCAUUCUUGGAAGGCGCGGGUUGUGUAUUUUGACGACGACCAUUUGGAGGGGUAUGCGUACAUCUCCACGUUUGACAACACCAGGGAGACACGUGCUAUCCCGUCGUCGUUUCGAAUGGCUGUGACUGCUAUAAGAGGACUGUGGCAGAGUAUGAAAGAGCCAAAAGGUGAUUGGCAUCAGGCAAAGAUAGGGGAAGAGAGGACUGCACAGCAUGACCAAUAUCAGGAGUUCGUACGGAAAGCUAUACGGAUGACUCCUGACACCUCGCUCUGGAGCCAGUCGUUGGCGAAAAGAUUUGUGAGGAAUUGUUCAGACCUUUUGAGGCCCUACAUGUGUCUUGCGGCGAGCGGCAGGGUUGUGUGGAAUCUGGUUGAGAAGUUCUUCGACAAAUGGGAAAAAGGCGAACUGCCAGGGCAGGACGGCGUGAGACCAGUGGAUCAGGAAGGGAAAGCAGGUGAGGCGGCAGAACCGGACCCUGCAGCGAAAACGGUGAAAGACAAAAGAGUGUUGGUGCAUUACGUCCAGUCCAACAAAAGCUUACCGGGUUUCUAUGUUUGCAUCAAUGAUCCCCCCGCGAGCGCAUGGAAGGUGUUCGGCGAUUUCACAUCAAGGGAGAAGGAAAUGACCCUCGAGAAAAUACUUGCAGGACACGUUGUCAUCACAAGCGGAAGGGCAUUUGUGAAAAAACUGAUGAACAUGCAAGACCUGUAUGUGGAGGUGAGAACGGAGAGAUAUAUGGUUCGCAUGUUUAAAUAUGUCCUCUUCAAGAUAGAGCAGAGGUCGGAGGGGGAGUGGAAUGAAAAGUUCUUCAUUGGCUACGAUACCAUAAUGAGGUGGUUCGCACCACGAGGGUUGACGAUAGAGAAAUGGGAAGAAACCAAGUCAAAGAUCGUAGCAGAGAAGACUAUCGAUGUCCCGAAACGAUUGGGCGGCGUGGAUGAGGCAAAACUAGGAAAAAGAAAUGUCGGGGGGUACAAGGUGACGACUACAAUAUAUAUGGAGUGUCCGUACUUCCUCAAGCUUUUCGUGCAUGAGAUUCUUGGCGUAGUUGAGCAAUUGAGGGACGAGCUGAGACGGAUCAACUCAAAUGCUCAACACACAAAAUGGGACAAGCGCAAAAAUCACACAACGUAUCUUCCUAUCUGCAUCACACCUAUGGAUGAACUGCACCCGGCAAAAGAUUUGACUCGUGCCGUGAGAAAGCUGAGCUGUCACCUUGCAGUAUUGGACUUGGCUCCGUUGAAGAAUCUCGACGCAUGGAGCGAGCAAAGGUUUCACGAGCUCCGCCAAAUGAUGACGGUGUUGUGCGGGUCGCAUUGGGCGCUAAUCAUAUUCAACGCAUUAAAAGUCGAGGAAACGGUGUUGAGGAACGUCUUCAGGUGGGACGAAGUGAGAGUUCUUCCAGGGCACUGGCGUCGUUAUAGCGAAGCAGCAUCAUCCUGCGCCCAAGUUGGGAACCUUCCAUUGACAGGGCGCGACUCCAUGACCAUUGUGUUGCACGAUAUAGACAACGACUUGAAAAAGGUCAAGGUCGGAAAGCGUUGUGGGAACACUCUCUUCGACACACAUUACGUGGAGGAGUUAUUUGUACGAUGCACUAAAGAACCAAUCAGCGUGCGAGGCAAUAACAAACCUGUGUACGGGAUAUGGGAGAGGGAACCUGCAAAGAUGAAAGACUUGUGCAUCUGGUUUUCGAAGGAAGGGGAAGGUGUUCUGUUACUGGGCAACGUUGAGGCAGGAACAACGUGGGACUUGCAGCGCUCAGGAUGCCAUGUCGUCGCAUGUGAUGGUUCCUCAAACCUGAUGGAGUACUCCACUUUGUUUAUCGAUCGCCACGUUCACAAUCCGGAUAAUAGUGAGGAGGAGACAGAGGAUGAGGAGAUUGACCUGCCAUUGCCGGAUGCAAAUCAAAAUGCAGUGAGAGACGAAACGCCUCCGCUGUCCGCUAUGGGUGGUCAACAAGCGAUGGAGGAAGAUGUUGGCGGCACUAUCGCAAGUACCAGGCCCGAUAAUGUGAUGCAUGGAACAAUGCCGAAAACAGGUGGUGCAAUGGAAGGAAGCACAUCCAAGUGCGGCAUGAAGGAAGCUACCCCAAGAUUCGUUUCUCUUGUGAGGAGAGUUCGCAAUGACAUAGAAGGAGCGGCAGACGGCGAGACUCAAAAUGUUGCACGUGCAGACAAGGAAUCAGUGGACGACCAAGAUGGGAUGGACAUAGAGGAUGAUACCCUCUUUCACAUCCCGGACGACGUCCCCAAACAACUUGCACUGGGUGAUAAUAUAUCAUAUGACAUGAAGGAGAUGAAAGGAGGACCUCACUGUCUAGGAACAAAGUACAAAGAUGGGAGCCAGGCGGAAGUUGUUGGCGAUGACGGAAAGGACGAAAAGAUUGAAGAGGAGCAGCGAAAAAAAGCAUCAGACGAAGGACCAAAAUUCCAGGCACAUGAGGUAGUGAAGGCGGUGGCAGGGAUCGAUUCGCAUUCCAAGCAGUCGCAAGGAACAGACGAUACGACUGUCAUCACUGCACAGGCGCAAGGCACCGACGAAGACACCAGAGAGCAAAGUGCACAUGAGAAAGAUGGGGGGGAAGGACCAGUGCUUAUGGAAUGCACUGGUCCAGGAAUGCAAAUAGUUUCGGAGUCAACAAUGGGAGAAAGGAGAGCUGACGUGGAGCGUGUUAGUGGGGCAGAGCAUGAAAAGGUUCCAAGCACGGCAAACAGGGAGAGGGAGGAGGAAAAUGAGAAUGAAGAGGGGGCGAACAAGAGUUAGAGUGUGAUCAACUUGGUGGACCAAUCAGCAAUAUGAUAAAGGUUGACAACAUGU